AUACUAGUUGACUUGUGGAGAAGGCAACACAAACUUUCUCGCCGAGUACGGCGGAGGAGCAGCCGCAAGUGGAUCCAGCCGACACUCGGGAAGCUUUUAAUUUGCACAAGAUGCGAUACGCUUACACCUUAUUUACUACAUGUGCUCUCUUAUAUAUAUAUAUUACAUACUCUGCACAUAGUACACAAAAACCAUUCACUAAUAACAAUCUCCAAAUUCUUUCUUUUAUGGAGAUGGCUAGAUCAUUUGUACCCCUGAUCACUGUGCUAUGCGUCACGCUACUGCCACUUGCGGCCAUGGCGGUUGGAACGCCAUUCCAUAUUGAAGGAUGUGUUUACUGCGAUACUUGCCGCUUUGGAUUCGAGACAAUCGCCACCAAAUAUAUCUCAGGGGCAAGAGUGAAAAUAGUAUGCAAAGACAGAGUGACACUGAAGUCGGAGGUGGUCGGGAAGGCCGUGACGGGACCCGAUGGGAGAUACAAAGUCGCCAUCAAAGGAGACAGACAGGACCAGCAAUGUCUGGCGGAGCUUGUCCACAGUCCUAUGUCCCGCUGCCACGAGGCUGAUCCUGGCAGAAGCACCGCCACAGUGAUCCUCACGCGAUCCAACGGCGCCGCCUCUACUCGCCACUACGCCAACGCCAUGGGUUUCUUCAGAGACCAACCGCUCCGUGGCUGCGCCUCUCUCCGCAAACUCUACCUAGCCGACGGUGAUGAACGGGCUAUUUGAGUCAUUUAUCUCAUAUUAGGCUCUUCUUGAUCAAACAAAGACAAAAUGUUGAUUUAGAGUUUUUAUUUAUUUUUAUUUCGUUUUCUUGUUGAGUCUCUAAAGAUGAUGAGACUAGUUAGACAUAUCUAUAUAAAAUAAAGUAUUUGCAACCUUUUAUAAAAAAAAAAACGAAUUUGGGAUCAUAA